AACAAAGGUAGCGGCGUUAACAACACAGCACAGGAGCACAACUAGUCAGGAGGGAAACGAACACAGCCCAGGAUCUAGUCCGCAGAGAACGUUCCCGCGAUAACUAAGGUUUGCAGUUUGUGUUCAGAGCUCGGGCACGAAUCCGUAGUUCGUCACCAUGGUGAACAAAAGGAAGAAAUACAACGCUCGAUUUGCCCCGGCGCGAAUUAAGAAGAUCAUGCAGAAGGACGAGGAGAUCGGAAAAGUUGCAGCUGCCGUGCCCGUGAUCAUAUCUAGAGCGCUGGAAUUAUUUGUGCAGUCCCUGGUUCGGAAAGCAGAAGCAGUCACCCGCUCGAGAAACGCUCGGACUCUGACACCGGCCCACCUGAAAGCGAGCAUCCUAGCGGAUCCGCGUCUCCGCUUCCUGCGUGAAACCGUCGCCAAUAUACCCGACGUGACGCAGGAAGAAGAAGGUGAAUCAAGUGGAUCGACGCACAAUCCGCUCCAAGCAGCCGUAGCAGCU